CCGCGACCGCGAGCGAUGGUGGGCGACCUCUCCCUCCUCGCCUCCGCCUCCGCCUCCCCGGUCAUCCUCGGCCCCGCCAAGGACAUCCAUGCCGCCCUGCCCUUCCCGCCCAAGAUCAGGCCCACGCAGCAGCUCUCCCCGUCCACGCAGCAGCAACUCCUGGAGGCCACAUACCAGGCGCAGCAGCCCCUGCAGCACAUGAUGGCGGUGCCGGGGCUAGCCACCCAGGCAUCCGCCGCCGCCGCCGCCGCCUACCAGGCCUUCGACAGGGCCAGCCUCAUCGACGUCCAAGAUACUCACCCUGACUCUAUUCAACUGAGCCUUGGGAUUGCUGAGCAGUGCGCAAGGCAAGAGAAAAUCCUGAAGUUUCUAAUGUCAGGAUCCGAUGUGAAUGAACUCGAUGCGUCUAUACUGGCUGAACUCACGGGACACCAGAACCUACCAAUGAACAUGGGCAGCCAACCAUAUAUCCCUGAUGACAAGUUAACCAUCUACGAAUUUGCGUUGGAGGAGCCACAGCAGUAUCUACCAGAAAAUCAACUCAUCAUCCCUGAUCCUCUUUUGGAAUUUGCGCAGUCCCAUGGUUCUGCCCUUGCAAUAGAUGAAAAUGGUCGGAUCAUCUUCACUGGGAGUGGAGAUGAGAUGAGGGAUCUGCUUUCCGUUUUCUUGGAGUUCAAUGUGCCUAAACCAGAACCAAGGGGUUGCAAGGAUGCAUAUUUAGUUCCAUACUUUGACAGGAAAAGGGGCCGAAAUAGUAGCCAAUCCAAUUCAAAUUUGGCAAGCACAGCCAUCGAUGCUUCGAAAAGCACGACAAACGUGAAGGCAAAAUCUCAAUCGAAGAAGAAACAGAAGGGAAAAAACAUCAAUGAACGUGACAUGCUUCAGAAGAAUUACUUCCAGGCCAGCGAAGCAAUUUUGUCGAUCCUCCUGGACAAGAACAAAGACAGCUUGUCAAUUCUCUCACUGAAAAAAGCAGGUCCUGAGAUCAGUGAACUGUUGACACAAUGCUCUAUUGCUAUUGCCGGAACUGGCUUGGCUGUUCUUCUGUCUGUCGUGUGCAAAAUUGCUAUCGGUGGCAGGACUCCCUUCGCCGCUACCCGUCUGCUGAACACGGGCGUUGGGUUUGGACUCUUCUGGCUCUCAUGUGCGGUAAAUAACCUGCGGGAUACGAUCACCAGCAUAUUUAGAGGCCCAGCCGACACAAGCAUGGAGGAUGAAGCUGCAGUGAGAAUACAAAGAAGCGUGAACGAUAUUCUUUUCAGAGCUGUAACUCUCUUGGCGGUCACUGCGUUGAAGUUUGCCUGAGCAGUUCCCACCUGCGACGUAUGGUCCACCUUUUUGGUUUAGGAGUACAGGACCAGUACUUGUAGAACAUGUGCAACUUUGUAAAUUGUACAGAAUUUUGCUGGCAGCUUGAUGUAUAUGAAAGAUAAAUUUUGCCUA